GGGGCCGGGGACCCCGGGGCCGCGCGCGGGGGGACGCGGGCGCCGACGAGGCGGUGCCACGCCACGACUCCUCCUACGGCACCUUCGCGGGGGAGUUCUACGACCUGCGCUACCUGUCCGAGGAGGGUUACCCUUUCCCUACUGCUCCUCCUGUGGAUCCAUUUGCCAAAAUCAAAGUGGAAGACUGUGGGAAAACUAAGGGAUGCUUUAGGUACGGCAAACCAGGCUGUAAUGCAGAGACCUGUGACUACUUCCUUAGCUACCGGAUGAUAGGGGCUGAUGUGGAAUUUGAGCUGAGUGCAGACACAGAUGGCUGGGUAGCAGUUGGAUUCUCUUCAGACAAGAAAAUGGGUGGUGAUGAUGUCAUGGCCUGCGUCCACGAUGACAACGGCAGGGUCCGCAUACAGCACUUUUAUAACGUGGGCCAGUGGGCGAAAGAGAUUCAGAGAAAUCCUGCCAGAGAUGAAGAAGGAGUUUUUGAGAACAAUCGUGUCACUUGCAGAUUUAAACGCCCUGUGAAUGUUCCCAGAGAUGAAACCAUUGUCGAUCUCCACUUGAGUUGGUAUUACCUGUUUGCCUGGGGUCCAGCCAUUCAGGGCUCUAUCACCCGACACGAUAUAGAUUCUCCACCCGCUUCUGAGCGCGUUGUCAGUAUUUACAAGUACGAAGACAUUUUUAUGCCAUCAGCUGCCUAUCAGACCUUCUCAUCUCCGUUUUGUUUGCUCCUCAUUGUUGCCCUGACCUUCUACUUAUUGAUGGGAACCCCUUAACCAGGGCUGCAAAGUCAACAGAUGAAAUGGAUUGGAAAGCCUUUAGUAUAUUUUUCAAGAAUAACCAGUAUAAGUUUAGCUUUGUUAAGUUAUGUAAAACAACUCAUGAUUUUAGGUUUCUAGAAGAAAGAACAAGCUUUUCUUCUCAUUAAGGAGGAUUGUUCAAUAAUGACCUUUCUGUUGGGAAGUACUUAAAACUUUUGUAAGCACUUUCAAAUGUGUUUUUGUUUUAAUUUGAGCUUCACAGUAUCCUGUUGAAGAGGGUAUGAGUACCGUCUUCUUGAUAGGAUUUCAGAUCCAGAAAGGCUGCCUUUUUAUGACCUUCAUGUCUUGUAGCCUUGGCCAUUUGGUCAGAUGACACAUAGCAAGGUAGAGAGAAAGCUAGGAGCAGAAAUCAAGUCUCUGAAUGGUCUUUAGUGUCAGUGCUACAGCCCAAGAGCGUUACUUUUGAGUGUUCUUUGUUACUUUGCGUGAGGGAGUACUUCACUGAAAGUCAGAAGUUCACAGGCAACUUUUUGAACAAAUUCCUGCAGAGCACAAAUGCUUUUGUAUAUUUACACAGUUGACGGGAGAAACAGGAGAGAUUACAAUAAUGUGAGAAUGGGUUGUAUUUAUUUUAAACUUUUGCUAAAUUAGUAUAUAGUUAGAAAAUAUGUUUUAUAGCUGUUUGGAAAAGUUAGAAACAGAAUUGUGUGCAUUCCUGAGAAUGUAAAAUGAUUGUAAUGAUAAAACUCUGGGAAUUCUAAACAGAAUUUAGGCUGUUUUACCACUAUAUUUUAUAAACUAAGGUAUUCAUGUAUGAUUAGGGACAAUUCUGUUGUCAAAAUCAGCAUACAUUAAGUUUGUGUUAUAACAGACAAAUUAUCUUAACAAAAAUGUAAGACAUUUUAGCAAUAUGGCAACAUUUUGCAGAUUGUAGAGAUUUGGAACCAAAAAGAUUUUAACAUGAGAUACUUUUGUGUUUUAAUUGGAAAAUGACCUAUAUAGUGAAUUGCCCUGGAGUUUUAAUUCAAAACAUAUAGGCUUGUAAAUAAGACUGGCAGCCGUGUAAUUUAUAAUGAUGCCUUGAUGUAAUGUUUCCUUUUUUUCAAAGGAACCCAAAUGUUCCUUUGUCCCAUAUGUCUGUGCCAACAGCCCAUGAGAGGAGAGGUGUCUCUGAGCAUAGUUACGCUGCUGAGACGUUUCCAAUGCGAUGUUCUAGAGUUCUCUGACGUGGCCCUGUUGCUGGCUUCAGCUUUGUGAUUAAGCAACAGUAGAGCCUGCAGUUUCUAAAGCCAUCUGCAAGAUUCAUGUCAGAGGUGAAAGUGUGUCUGUGGGGAAAGCUUUCAAACUCUUCCAGACCUGAACCGAAUAAGGAAAUUUGUUAUGUUCCGUGACACUGCGCAAUUACCAUGUGCUUCCAAGGGUUGUCGGAGAAGUGCUUCUCCUUGCAGAUGGGGAGAGAUGAAAUGACAUCGGGGAAGUGAGGGAACUGGGGAGGGUUGCAGACUCAAGGUUCAAGUCCAUAGCUCCGCCUGACUGCACUACUCUCUACUAAGCCUUCUGGUCAUGGCUGAACAUGGCCAUGUGGCACUUUCUCAGUAACAGGCUAGGAGGGAGGAUGCUGAGUUGAGCAUGCAGGCACUUGUGUGUGCUGUAGAUAAGAAAGCACAUAUUUUUAUAUUUUACUCUCAUGUGUAUAAUAUGUGAGCUGUAAAUGGGUUAAAACAAAAGAGAGGCUUCAGUUAGUAGCAAGAAGGGAAGGACUACCUGAGCAGGUGUUUCUUUCUGCUUACAUUUCAAGUCAAGCUACUUAUUUCACUAAUUGUACUUUACCAGCUUUGCAUAUUCAUGCAUGGAACUCUCAGUGACUUGUGAUUGCCCUUGGUAAAAUGCAAACCAUUUGCAGAACUUCAGUAUUGUUCCUCCUUCCCCAUUGCCAUAUCCCAGCAAGACUGAAGGGCUCUCAGUUCUACAGAUUUUGUAUCCUUUUUUUUUUUUCAGUGCUGGGCGUUGAACCCAGGGCUUUGUGCAUGUGCAUGCCAGGGAAACGUUUUACUACUGAGCUCGACCCUAGCACCAGACCUGUUCUUUCUCAACUCACCCUGUGUUCAGACAUUCUCUGCCUUCUGCAUAUGAUAAAUUAUUACUAAUC